GUACCCGGAAGUGACGUCUGUAAAGCUGAGACCGGCUCAGGGAGAUCUGAACCCUUCGCACAGGUGAGCGGUGCUGCGACUGUCGUCCUGGGGCCGCUAUGAGCUGCACCAUCGAGAAGAUUCUGACAGACGCUAAGACUCUACUGGAGAGGCUGCGAGAGCAUGAUGCGGCCGCCGAGUCGCUAGUGGAUCAAUCAGCGGCGCUGCACCGGCGGGUGGCCGCUAUGCGGGAGGCGGGGACAGCGCUUCCGGACCAGUAUCAAGAGGAUGCAUCCGAUAUAAAGGACAUGUCCAAAUACAAACCUCACAUUCUGCUGUCCCAAGAGAAUACACAGAUUAGAGACUUGCAGCAGGAAAACAGAGAGCUAUGGGUUUCCUUGGAGGAACACCAGGAUGCUUUGGAACUCAUCAUGAGCAAAUACCGGAAACAGAUGUUACAAUUAAUGGUUGCUAAAAAAGCAGUGGAUGCUGAACCAGUCCUGAAAGCUCACCAGUCUCACUCUGCAGAAAUUGAGAGUCAGAUUGACAGAAUCUGUGAAAUGGGAGAAGUGAUGAGAAAAGCAGUUCAAAUGGAUGAUGAUCAAUUUUGUAAGAUUCAGGAAAAACUAGCACAAUUAGAGCUUGAAAAUAAGGAACUUCGAGAAUUAUUGUCCAUCAGUAGUGAGUCCCUUCGGGUCAAGAAGGAAAACUCAAUGGACACUGCUUCCCAAGCCAUCAAAUAAUUCAACUUCUGAAUGACGGCUAGAGAUUGUUUAUCGAGGAAGGAAGUUAUUAUCUCUCUAUGCGAGUAUUGUCCAUUCAGUGUCUUGCCUCAGACUUGAUUUAACUUUGAUUAAAUGUAUCAAGUGGCAGUUUAGAAUUCGCAGUCAAAAGUGGCUGUCCACAAAACAGUUUUGGGGUAUGUUAGUGAAAAUACUCACUAAAAUACACUGAGUUUCACCAUUCCUUUCUCUAAGAGACUACUUUUAAUUUUCAUUUCUGGGACCUCAAUUUAUAUGAACUGUUUUCAGUUCAUUUUUGUUCUUUCAUAUCUCUGAAACUUAGAGCAUUUUAUUAUAAACCAGCAAUUUUAUUUUAUAUAGGAUUGUAAAUUGCAAUUCUUAAAAAUUUUAAAAAGAGAUUAGCUUUUUCAAUCUAUUUGGCAUAAACCUGGAUUUGUUUCCAUUUGAGAAAAAUAAUACAAUUCCACAGAAGUAGAUUGGCAGAUUCUCUAAUUUGUAAUGUCAUUCACCUUUUUUGAAGUUUUAAGUCUCUCUGGUGCUAAGAGUUGGCACUUUAUGGCCUGGUGUCUUUACUCUUAAUUUGAGAGAACCUAUUGCUAGUCCCUGGGAAACAUACUUGAAAAUAAGUCAACUGUUUUUUUUCUAGUGGUAGUAUAAUCAUCGUAUUGUUCAAAGAAUGCUGAAAAAUUUGUCCUGUGUGUGUUUACGCACACAUGUGCUCUUAGUUCAGAUGCUAAAAGUAACUUUUAUUUAUUCUAUUAGAUGUUAGUAGUCAAUUUUUCAAUUUUGUCCUACUAGGAAAUCUUCAGCUUGGGUAGUUUACCCAGUGUGACGAAGAUAUAAUAGGUUUAUUCACAUCAUAGUUCUUAGGUACUACAUUCUACAGUUUAUAUAUAACUUUCAUUUAUAAUUAAGAACCAUCACUUACUUGGAUGUCUUUCAUUACUAGUACUAGUAGUUGGCUUUCUUUUUAGAUCCAUUUUUCACAAGGAAGCAAAGUUUUAUCACUUAAUGAGAGUUUAUUACAUUCAUAGAAGCUGUGUUGAGAUUCAAAUGCUAAGUGGUCAGCUAGGCCUACUCAUCAUUUCAUUCCCCAUCUCAGUUUACUCACAUUUCAAAUUUAUAAAUUACUUCAUGUAAUACUAUCAAUUUAGGUUUGCCCAAAAAUAAUUGAAAUAAUGAAUGCUAAACUUGUCAAUAUCUCCCAGUAACCAUAAGCACUGUACUGCAUGGGAGAGACACAUCAUUAGAAAGAGUUUUUUGUUAGUGCUUUGUGUGGUGUAACCUUCUUUUUGUACAGCCAUAAAGAAUUAACUCCAAAUAAAACAACAGAAUUUCUCCAAGAUAUCCUAAAAGCAUCUGAUCCCAGUAAUACCAAAGGAUUUGCCUAAAAUGGUAGGCUGUAAUGAAUCAGUAUAUGUCAUUUUUGAAUUUGUCAAAUUUCUAUUCAGAAUCCUGCAAAGAAUUUCCACCCGAAGUGUGGACGUUUUUAUCUCAUUUCCUAAGAGUAUGUAAACUUUCAGUCUAGCCAUUUGCCUUGCAGUAUAUGCCCUAAGUGCCACUCUGUGUUCCACAGUUCCAUUCAGGAGGCAGGUACUCUAUACCAUUGGUCAGCUGCCAUGGCCAGUUUUCAGUGAAAAUGAUAAGGUAAUCAAAUGGCCCAUUAAACUAUAACAUGGUGUCCCUUUAUCUGUUUUAUGUUCCUUUAGAGUUGUUUGUAAAGUUCUUUACAUCUCAGAUAUCAGGAUAAAUCUAAAUGUUAACUUUUCCCCCUGGCAAAUCAAAAGCUUGAAGCAUGAGCCUCAAGAGUUCUCAGCACCCUAUAUAAUAUGAAUUCUAGCUGGUGUUAAUACUAUGAAAAUAGUGUGUAGUUAGAAAAUUGAAGGGGAGAAGGAAUGUUCUUGACUUUGGUCUGAGUGGGUAUGAAAGUUUAUUUUGCAGUGGAUGAUGGAACUUGACUGGUGUGCAAAAUUUUAGUACAAACUUAUCUUUUCUAAUAAAAAUCUCAUUUUGAGAAUAUCAGCUAAUUUUACUCAGUAAUGAGUCUAAUUAUUAGGAAGUGCAAGGGUUUAUUUUUCACUUAUAUAGCAACCUGUCAGGUACACAGGGUUUUUCAUAAAUACUCUCUAAUUAUCACAUUGUAGUUCGUAUAACUAUAAAUAGUUGUUUCUGAAAUGGUUUUAGAGGUUUCCUCAUGGUUAGAAAUCAUAAGUUACAUGAUUACAAGUCAAAGUAUAAAAUUAAAACUGUUUGGAAGUAUCUUGGAAAAAUGCAUAAAUAUUAUUGAUACCUACCUUUAUUACCUUAUAUUAAUACCUUAUGCAUAAUUUGAUUCAAACAUUGAAGGUCUAUUUCAGUGUUCCUCAAAAUGUGGUUCACUGACCUACUACAAUAGAAGUUUGGGGAUGGAUCUAGGAAUUUGUAUUUUAAUAAUCAUCCCAGAUAACUUCUAAGGACACUGAUUUGAGACUGUCUAGUCUACUAUGUUAGGCACUUCAUUUGGAGUUAUGAAUUUUAAAAAGCAGGGGGGAGGAACUGACUGUUUUUGAAGAAAAAUCUGGUAGAAGAGGCAAACAAUGUGAUAAAUCCAAUAUAAGGAUGUAUAGAGUACAGAGGGACUAUUUACAACUUGAGAAUCCAAUAGAGACAAAAUGAGUAGAACUAGAAAGCUUAGUGCUUUCUAGUUAUUAUAUAAUCUCCAUUUCAACUGUACCUCAUUUUACAGAUACUCAGGCAUGAGGAGGGUGUUAUUAUUCCAAACUGAAACCAAGAUUCAAACCCAGACUUAAACAUAUUCUUAACCAUUAAGUUAAGAUUCCUUUAAAUGCCAAAUACUAUUCAGAGUUCAAGUGGUUCUUGAGAGGAAAAUCUAUUUUAUUAAUGGUGCAAAAGAUACACCACAGCCCAUAUAUUAGAAAAUAUCAUGAAUUUAAUAAAUGGAGUCUUAAGGAAUGAGACAUAAUUGUCAUCUGUUUUCUAGAGUGGUGUAGCUGAGAGUAUGUGCGUGCAACUGAAAAGAACAAUGCUUAAUCAGAGCUUAACAAUCCUUACUGUUGAUACAUACAGGAAAGGGUGCAGUUCUGUCUUUUAAAUCUGUCUCCUUAGCAUGUUGUUUUUCAGCCUUCACACAAUUUUCUUGUUGCAAGAAGGUUGCUGCUCUGCCAGGAGUCAUGUCCAUGUUUGAAGGCAGGAAAAAAAAAGGGAAAUGUCGUAUGCCAGCUCUAUGUAUUCUCUUUUAUGAGGAAAAGCAAUGCUUUCCCAGAAAUCCAGACAGACUUCCCUUUGUCUUAUUUGCCUGACCUGUUACAUGGUCACUUCUAGCAGCAAAGGAGGCUGGGGACAUAGCUGCCGCAAAUAAAAUCAGUAUUCUAUUAGCAAAGAGGAAAGAGUAUUGAGAAAGCAGCUAACAAUGUCUGACACAAGUCCUCUUACACUGAAUAGUUUUUAACAAGUGUAAGCAUUAGCCAAAGGAGUGUGUUGGUGUUGAGUGGCCAAGGAAUGGGCUGCGGAAGACAUCUGUCAUUUCUUUUUAAGCUGCCCAUUAUCCUAACUCCUAUACUAUAGUUAGGGAACCCAUCACCUAAUGAGGCAGAGCCUUCCUCCCUCCUAAAAAAUUUGAAAGUGUCAGAUGUUUGUUUUCCCAGCCACUCUGCAGCCAGUGAAGGCACCUCUGCCUUAAAAGUUAGUGAUACAAAGAAGCAGGGAACUAUGCUGAAUUCUUUGAAUAAAGGCAGUGACUACAACACUGGCUACUACAUCCACCUCCACAGAAGGAGCAGCAAGUGGCUGUACUGACAACAUUCAUUAUCCAGUGUCAGCAAAGUCAAUGGUGUAAGCUGCAGUGUCUCUGCCCCAGUGGACACAGUGGGGUCUUCACUGAAGCAAUUAACUGAAGUUAUUAUAGAGGUUGUAUAGCCUCUAAUUCUGGUUUUCUGGCUAUCCAGAGAUCCUGAGGAUUACCUGAGGAUUAUUAGCUUUUAAUAAAAUCACAUUUUGUUAAAAUUAACCUGAAUUGACUAUAAUUAAGAAUGCUGGGCUUCCCUGGUGGCGCAGUGGUUGCGCGUCCGCCUGCCGAUGCAGGGGAACCGGGUUCGCGCCCCGGUCCGGGAGGAUCCCACAUGCCUCGGAGCGGCUGGGCCCGUGAGCCAUGGCCGCUGAGCCUGCGCGUCCGGAGCCUGUGCUCCGCAACGGGAGAGGCCGCAGCAGAGGGAGGCCCGCAUACCACAAAAAAAAAAAAAAAAAAAGAA